CCGCCCUCCGCGAGCUCUCGUGUAUCAUCUCCGUGUAUAUAUGCAGAGCAUCCGGAGCAGCAAGUUCGCGCAGUGCAGUUUCGCAGCGUCCCGUAAAGAGUCUCUGUGUUUGUAAACUCGACGAUUCGACACGAUCUUCAUCUUCGACGCGUCGCGAGAGUGUUAUCAGUUUCGAAGUGUGUCGGUGCGUGUGCGUGCGCGUGAUUAUCGAGAUUACACGAUCUCGCGCCCACGUAGACGUCGUUGGGUAUUAUUAAAGUACUCCCACUCGUCGAGCAGCGGAAUGUAUGUGUUAAAGGCCCCGCGAGAGAGCAUGCCAGUUAUGGGGCAGUAGGAAGAAGUAUAUUGUAGCAGUAGCAGUAGGCAGCAGAAACUACAGACAUCGUUCAUGUAAGCGAGCCACGCGACAGUCUCCGCGACUCCGACUCUCGGUAGUAGUAUGUGUUUGUGUCGUAAACGUCAGUACUACUGCUUAUCAGUGCGUAACGAGGUGAAAAUAACACGUACGACACGACGGCGGAGAACGACGCAUAGUUCGGAUUAGUGAAUAUAAAAUAAAGAGCAGUGCGUUCAACGAUCUGCUGCUGCAUCCAUGCAAUAUUUACCAAAUAGUAUUUAUCAGCAAAACACAAUCACAAUGAUGGAGUUAAGUCAUAGCUUGAUCCUUAAUGAGGAUGCACUUAAGCAAAUUCCUGUGGCCAAUCGUCCAAGGUUCAUUUUUGAAUGGCUCAGAUUUUUAGACAAAGUUUUAGUUGCAGCCCAAAAGAAUGACAUAAAAGGAUGUCAAAAAACAUUGGUCGAACAGCUUACCAGACAUAUGCAAGGGGAUCCUGGCCCACCUGGUCCAGGUGGUCCACCAAGUGGUCCACCUGGCCCGGGUCCACCAAUCCGCCAACUAAUAGCAAGAUGUCUGGCCACCUUGUUCAGCGUUGGAGAUACAUUUUUACUCUUUGAUACAGUCAACAAGUGCAAUGAUAUUCUGAAAAACAAAGAUGAUUCGCCAAGCUUUCUUCCCAAAAAAUUAGCCGCUAUCUGCUGCGUCGGAUGCAUGUACGAGAAACUAGGAAGAAUGAUGGGUCGCUCGUACGAGGAAACAGUGCAGAUUCUGAUUAAAUCAUUGCGCUCGGCCGAGUCGCAGACUCGCAUCGAGAUCAUGCACACGCUGGAAAAGGUAUGCGCCGGUAUGGGAUCCGCGGUGACGAACGUCCACAGGGACAUCUACAAAGUCUGCAGGCACUGCUUGACCGAUCGCGUCAUGGCUGUGAGGUGCGCUGCCGCCAAAUGCUUACUUGAAAUGCUGCACCACGCGCCGUUUCUGUACACGACGGAAAUCGAGAGCGUAGCCACUCUCUGCUUUCGUGCCUUCGAGGGAUCGAAUUACGAGGUGCGAUGCUCCGUGGCUAAAUUAUUGGGCACACUCGUUGCCAUGACGCAACUGCCCGCGCCGAAAGGUCAAAAUCCACCCGCUGCGCUAAAUAAAAAUGCAAAACAAACGUCGCUGGAGGAGGUGUUGAAUAUAUUAAUGUCAGGAUUCUUGCGAGGAGGUGUCGGAUUUCUCAAAGGCACUGGUGAAAUCAUCAAGGGUAGCUCGGGUGUCAACAGAGAAGUACGAGUCGGCGUCACGCACGCGUACGUCGUAUUCGUGCAAAUGCUGGGCAGCACGUGGCUCGAGCGCAACAUCGGCACCUGGGUGGCGCACGUGCUCGACCUGGUGGCCAACCCCAAGGCCGCGAGCUCCCACGUCGACGCCGUCUACUCGCGCAAGUGCAUCAACUUCAUACUGCGCGGCACUAUCGGCAAGCUGCUGGGCGAGGGCGCCCAGGCGGCGGCCUGCAAAGAGAUCGCCCACGUCAUACUCAAGCAGAUGAACUCUAUCGACUUCAGUCCGGAGAACGCCAAGGACUUCAAUCAGGAGACCCUGUUCAGUCAGCAUCUGCUUGUCUGCGCUCUGCAAGAGAUGGGAAAUCUCAUUCUCGGACUGGGCACAACCGCCUCCAAUUUACUCAACGAUCAAUCACUGAACUUGAUUGAAACAACAACGGCUGUACUGGUACAUCCCUGUCAAGCUGCAAGAUUAGCGGCGGCUUGGUGUCUACGAUGCAUCUGCGUUGCCGUGCCGAGUCAAAUCACUCCUCUGAUCGAUGCGUGCGUCGAACACAUGGAAAAACUUCGGACGUCUCCCGAGGCCAUCACGGGUUACAGCAGUGCAUUGGCCGCUGUUCUGGGCAGCGUGAGAUUUUCGCCCCUCGGAGUACCGCAUACCAAAGGAAAGAUUAUAUUCAAUACCGCCGAAGAAUUAUUGAGAAGCGCUAGUCAGAACAGUCGUUUGUCGCUCAAUCGAACUCACGCGGGAUGGCUUCUCAUCGGAGCUAUCAUGACUCUGGGAACUGCCGUUGUAAAGGGUCUCUUGCCCAGAAUGCUGCUACUUUGGAGAAAUUCCUUCCCGCGAUCCAAUAAGGAGCUCGAAAGCGAAAAGGCACGAGGCGACGCGUUCACUUGGCAGGUCACCUUAGAAGGACGCUCCGGCGCCCUGUCGGCUAUGCACAGUUUUUUGCUGCACUGUCCCGAAUUGGUGAACGAGGAUAUCACGAGGCGACUCUUGACGCCCAUCGAGUCCGCCUUGGCCAUGUUAACGAAUUUGUCGACCGUAUUGAAAUGCUACGGGCAACAAUUAAAAGCUCCCGCUGCGAUGGUGCGACUUCGCUUGUACGAGACCUUGCUGCUGCUUCCUCCACAAACGUUUGAAAGCUCUUACACUCACCUACUGAGAAUGUUGGUGUCAGAAUUCACACUGUCCGACAGCCCCGGAAACACGACCACUUCGUUGCUUCGGACUGUGUGUCAUGCGAAUGAUUCUGUAAUACUCGGCACUUGGCUGCAAGAAACCGAUCAUCGAACUAUCGAAGAUCAGAUGGAACCUAACAGAAAAGCAGAUGUGGAGCAUUUACAACCGAACAGCGCGGCCGGCUCCGGCGCAUUGGAGCAUAACUCGUGCUGCUUGUAUCGUCCGAUUCCAGCAGUAAGUUAUCGCCGAAAUGAUUAUCCAGCGUCGGUUUCGGGGCGCUUUAGCUAUGAAACUUUUCAGGACGAGUCGCUACCGGGCCCGCUGCCCCUGGGCGUCGCGGUCAUCGACAUGUCCGCCUCUCUCUUCGGUCAGAUUUUCCCUCGCGUGGCCAACAAACACCGUUUGCAAAUGUUGGAUCACUUCAACGAGUGCAUUAAGCACGCCAAGUCCGCCAGGCAGGAGGCCAUACAGAUGAACGUGUUCACGGCCGUUCUCAGCGGUUUUAAGGGACUCAGCGAGACCAAGACGAGUUUCGGACAGGAUGACGUUAAAAAAUCCGCUACGAAUCUCAUAAUUAGUUCGCUAAAUAGUAGCAAUGCCAUUUUACGUUGGGCCGCCGGCGAAGCGGUUGGUCGAAUGGCUCAAGUGAUUUCCGAUCCGAAAUUUACCGCGGAAAUGGCUCAGACGAGUUUCGACCGUUUGAAAUCGGCGCGAGAUGUCGUCAGUCGAACCGGACACUCGCUGGCUCUCGGCUGUCUUCAUAAAUACGUCGGUGGAAUGGGCUCUAAAAACCAUCUCAACACAAGCUUUAUUAUUCUACUCGCUCUGGCUCAAGAUAACUCCUCUCCCGAAGUGCAAGUGUGGGCCUUGCACGCUUUGGCGCUCAUAGCUGAUUCUAACGGUCCCAUGUUCCGCGGAUACGUCGAAGUGACGCUAUCUAUAACGUUGAACUUACUUUUGAAUGUACCUCACUCGUAUAUCGACGUACAUCAAUGCAUCGGCAAAGUUUUGUCAGCUCUCAUAACGGUCAUAGGUCCAGAACUUCAAGGCAAUACUUCAUCGAUAUGCGUGGCUCGAACAUCUUUUCUAUGUGCCUGCGCUAUAAUGCAAGAUCACCAGGAUUCACUGGUUCAAGCAGAGGCUACUGGUUGUUUGCAGCAGUUACAUCUAUUUGCUCCGCGCCACGUAAAUCUCUCUUCGCUGGUUCCUACUCUAUGCCGAACCUUAUCGAGCAAUCAUCUACUGCUGCGUAAAGCCGCGAUCUCGUGCCUUCGUCAAUUGGCCCAGCGAGAAGCGAAAGAGGUGUGCGAGCACGCGAUGACCUUGGCGAACGAGAGUCGCGACACCAACGUCGUCGAGGGCCUGGUCAUCACGGAGACGGGCCUGCCCGGCGUACUGUUCAGCAUGCUCGACACCGAGACCGAUCGCCAGCUCAUCAAAGAGAUACACGACACUCUCACCAGUAUGCUGCAGAUAUUAGUCGCCAGUAAUCUUUCUCCUUGGCUGUCCUUGUGCAAGGACGUACUGACCAUUGCCACGGAGUCGAGUCUGCUGGACGACGCGGUGAACGCGACCGCCGAGGAGCAGGUCGUCGACAACGAGAACGUCGACACCGAGGGUGACGACGACCAAGCCGAGUUUCACGCCGACGAGUCGACCAAGCAGCGGCAAACCGUGUCGCCGCGUUGGCCGACCAGAGUCUUUGCGGCUCAGUGCGUUCGUCGAAUAAUCACUGCUUGCGCCAACGACAAGCAGGCGCACUUUGACUUGACUCUGGCUAAAGAAAUGCAAAAUAGUAAAGGCAAAGGUGAUUACCUCGUGUCGCAUCUAUCCGAUUUGGUGCGAAUGGCUUUCAUGGCAGCAACGAGCGAUUGCGAUCCUCUUCGCUUGGAAGGUUUAAAAACUCUGCAAGAGAUCAUCGAUAAAUUCGCAAAAGUUCCCGAGCCUGAAUUCCCUGGUCACCUACUGCUGGAACAAUUUCAAGCUCAAGUCGGAGCCGCACUGAGACCGGCGUUCGCUUCGGACACGUCUCCGCACGUUACGGCCGCGGCUUGCGAGGCUUGCAGCGCUUGGAUCGGUAGCGGGGUCGCGAGAGAUCUGAACGAUUUGCGCAGGGUGCACCAGCUGCUGGUCUCGUCGCUCGAAAAGUUACGAAACGGACACAGCCGGCCGCAACUGUACAACGAGAGCCUCUCGACCCUCGAGCGAUUGGCAAUAUUGAAGGCUUGGGCGGAGGUCUAUAUCGUCGCCAUGAUCAACGACGGAUCGACGUUGAACAAUCGAGAACUGAUCAAUCGUCACAAUCAGCAGAUCAACGAGGAUAGCAAAGAAGAUUUCGGUGACUUUGAAUUUCAAAAUGAAAGUUUGCUGAGCUUGGUGCAGCCGGAACUACCAAGUCUGAGUCAGCACUGGCUCGCCGCUUUGCGAGAUCACGCAUUGCUCUCGCUCCCUCCAGAAUUUUCGAGCCAAUUACCGCACGACGGUGGAGCCUUCUAUACGACCGACACCAUGGAAUCUGCCCGUCCGUAUUACGCCAAUUCUUGGGCACCAAUUUUAUACGCGGCAACUUUGUGGUUGAACGUGAAAGGUUUCGAACUGAAUGAAACGACUGGUUCGAAUACAAAAUCCGUCGAUGGAACCAACAAUAAUCAGGCUGUAAAAACUGGUUCUAACAAAGAACGGUUUUAUUUAUUGUUUGGAAUAUGCAUGGAAGCUCUGUGCAGCACUCGAUCGUCCGAAUCCUUACAAAACAUCGAAACUUGUUUGAAAGCAUUAUAUACCUUACUCGAUUCUGCCUGGGCUAGGAAAGUAUUAAUGUCCAAUAAAUCUCUUCCAAUUGAACUCUGCAAUGUACUACAUAGACUGCUAUUAACAAAAGAAGUAUAUUCCGUUCAAAUAAUGGUUAUGGAAAUUUUAAAGCAAGUAGUCAAAGCCAAUCAGGAAGAUUUGUCUAAAAAGAAAAAAGCCAAAUCGAAAGAACUCGCAACCGAUGAAGAUGAUGGUGCAGAUAUUCCAGAACUAGAUUUACUUGGCGAAGGAGAAGAAUCUGGCGAACUUCUCCCAGGCAAAUCACUCGUCUUCGCCAUAAUGGAAGUUUGUUUUUGCCUUCUGGUUCGUCAAAUUCCACCGCUAAAUCCAACUCCCGGAGCAGCUACGGCUAUACUGAGUCAACGAGGAUACACAGCGACGGUGGAGAGCGGCAAACUCAUUGCCACAGCGUUGAGUGUCAUGGAAGCGCUUCCGGGUCUUUGCUCCCCAGCGGGUUCAGUGGCCAUCUUACCAACACUGCUUUAUUUAACGACAGGUGUCAUGAGGGAGACUGCAAUCAGAUCAAGCAAUAGCGUAAUAAAAACAGGCGCUGAUACUACAAUUCACGCGGCCUUGCAUUGCUUGAAAAAUUUGACCGUAAACAAAUACUCGCGCGAUCCUCGAAGUCAAGAUCAAUGGACGACUUUCGUACAAAGUGCAUUGGCAAAAGUAAUAGAUCUGGCCAAAGCCGGAAACGACGAAACGAAAAUGGACGAGGUUGCAAUGAUGCUGGGAAUCGCCGUUUUCGUUCUUCAUGCGUUGCCCGAAGUAGUGAGCGCUCCGAAUUUGCUGUUUCCUUGCAUCAAUCAUUUCCGACAAACUAUUCAAUCUGAUAAUAUAUAUAUAAGACUGAAGUGUGUACAGACUCUUCGAACGAUCUUCCUUCAUCCAGAACGCACCAUAAGUACUCCAUACAUUCAUGCGUUAGCUCCAAGAAUAGUCGAAUUUUUGUACAGCGACGCAAGUAAACAACUCACUGAUGAGGUGGAAUUACAGUUUACUUUGGAAUGCAUCACAACAAUUGAAUGUCUUAUUUCUAUAGCGGAACCCUCUCGAAGAAAUUUGAUACAAGGAAUUCAAAUGCUUACUCUGUUAGUUCCCAAUCUUAUCAACUACUUACUCGAAGGCGAUCAAUUUCAACAAGUGAACAAGUAUCAAAUAAGUCUUCAUCAACAUAGCUUCCAAUGGUUAAAUAAAAUUGGACCCAAAUAUCCUCAGGAAUUCAAAACUCUCAUGUCACAAUCGACUGAGUUGAAAACAAAAUUAGAAAAUGCAGUUCGUAUGAGUCAUCAACAGCAAGCUCAAAAACAGAAAAUGUCAGAGACCACGAAAGCCCAUCUAAGAGUACCUGCGCCAUCAAUAACUCUAAAAACUGAUUUUUCUAACUUUAAUUAAUUUACCAACCAAAAAAUAGAUAAAUUCGAUGAAUGUAAAAAUGU